UCUCUCAUUUUAUUUUUAGGUACUAAAUCAUCAUUAGUCAAGAUGUCUUCAGCACCUGAGCCUCCAGCCUUUAAAAAGGAGCCACCCAAGGAAAAAGACCUGGGAAACCCAGGGCUCAGAGGGGUCCGCUCCACAACCUUAUUUCGAGCUGUGAAUCCAGAGCUCUUCAUUAAACCUAACAAACCUGUAAUGGCUUUCGGGUUGAUAACCCUUUCACUUUGUGUGGCUUAUAUCGGAUAUCUACAUGCGACACAGGAGAAUAAGAAGGACCUCUAUGAAGCUAUUGAUAGUGAGGGACACAGUUAUAUGAGGAGGAAAACAUCUAAGUGGGAUUAACAGUGCUGGUUACUGCAGAUGGAGCUUUACUGGGGACUCUGAAAUCUUCAGGUGAAGAUUAGCACCACACAGUAUCUUGUUUCUUGUUCUAGAAGAUGCUACUGAGGAAGAAGGAUGGCGGUUGCAGCCAGGCCACUAUAGCGAAUGUUGUCCUUUCAAAACUGUAGCCAUUAUCGCAUUCUUUUUCCGCAGAAGGAGCUGCUCAAUAUUUUUUCUUGACUAAAUCCUCUUGUAAAAGUGCCAUGAGAAUGGAAAUCACUUUUGUGAAUUAAGUUCUAUAUAAUAAAAAGUACCGAUGCUCUUA